CCCCACAAUACAGUAAAGCCCCCACUCCACCCCACCGUCCCCCUUUUCUAUUCUCUGUUUCUUUCAGAAUCUCUCAUCCAGAGCGCCUCAGUUUCUAUUCUCUCUCUAAAUCCAAUUUUGCUACCACUAACUAGUAUUCAAAAAUUUCAUCAUAGGGUGCCAAAACCAAUUAUAUUAUUUCUGUGUUUGUGCCGUAGAUUUACAUUUAUUUCUGGGUUCAUAUCCUAGCUGGAUGGAUGCAAUGAGGUGUGUCAAAAGCUUCAGAUCUGGGAAACCAUUUAGCUGAAGAGAUCAAGGCUUGGUAAUGAUACAUGUUCUUUUGUCAAUUUGCUCAUUAUUGACGGAUCCCAACAUGCUAAGUAUGAAGCUACUGCACGCAGCUGAACACUAAGUGCAAAUUAUUGCGGCAUGACCUCAAAUACAAUGGAAACAAGAACUACUCCAAAGCGGAAAAGACUGGUAAAACAGUAUCAAAGCAACAAGCAAUUCAUGCAGAAAAAUACAGCAGAAAUUCAUAAGAAACAGCAUUUUAUCUCUCCAAUGAUGGCUGGUGGUCAUGGACAAAAGAGAGUGACUCCUAUGCCUUCUAAGCAAAGCACUCAAAAUGAAGUCCCAAUUUCCAAAAGAAUGAAAAGUAUGCCGAACCAGAAAAUUGGAGCUAGUGAAGAAGAACCAGAAAAUCUUAAAAAGCGUCCAACCAUGGGUAUGGAUAAUUUUUUGGAGACACAUGGGGUUCAUUUGGAAAGAGAAGAUGACGAUUUUGAACCAAGUGCUGAAAACGAAAGAUCUAUUCAAGAAAAGCAACAAAAUCUUAGGAAGACAAAUACAAAAUCAAGUUGUCAAGCCAUGACACUUGAUACAUUUUUGGAGACAAAUGGGAUUCAUGUGGAAGGAGAGGAGGAACAUAGUGGAGCAAAUGCUAAUGAAGUUGGAAAUGAUGAUGAUGAUGAUUUCUCGGAUGAUGAGGACUAUGUUGGUGAAUAUGAAGAUGAAGUUCUUCAUGGUGAUGACAAUCACCUUAUGGAAACUAACAAUGUUAAAGAUACUCCAAAGACUAGAAGGACACGAGGAAAAACAAGGUGUGCUAAAAUCCAUGCAAGAAGUUGGGAAGAAAGAGAAGAGGUGACUUUUUAUGAAGGACAAGCAGUGGGACCAACUCCAAGAAGAGUGAAGGAUUUAACUUACUUUAUUGGAACAAUGGGAAGGAAUAGCGAUUUCAUAACAUUGAUGUACACUAGUUGGAAAGCUGUGCCCCUCAAAGUCAAAAAGCGCAUAUGGAAAUAUAUUAAUUCAAAGUUCAUUCUUCCAAAAGAGGGGAAAGGGUGGGUGAUGACUGGUGUUCGAGAAGCUUGGAAAGGUUACAAAACAAGAAUCAAGGGAAAGCAUUUUGAGAGAUAUAACAACAUUGAAGAUAUGCUGAAAAAUCGCCCUUUAGAUAUUCCAGAAGUUCAAUUUCAAAAGUUAAUUGCAUAUUGGAGUAUUCCUUCUGUUAAGGCUCUAUCUUGUUUAAAUUCUGAAAAUCGUAAAAAGCAACAACAUCAACAUCGAAUGGGACCUAUAAGUUUUGCAAGAGUGCGUAAUGAAAUGCGUGAAAUGAAUGAGAACAAAGAAGACCCAUCACAGGUUGAUGUGUUUGUUGCAACUCGAACUGGACGAAAAGGAAAAGAGCUUGAUUCAGGAACACAAGCUGUUAUUGAUAAACUUAAGAGCCACCAAGAAGCUGGAGACACUCCCGAGAAAGCAUUUACUGCAGUAUUUGGCAAAGAACAACCAGGAAGAGUUCGAUGUUAUGGGAGGACAAUCACAAAAACAUCUCUGCAGAAAGAACGGGAGAUUGCUAAAAUUAAGCAACAACAUGCAGAGACUAUAAGUUCAAUGAAAACUGAACUUCAUGAGACAAAAGAUAGAGUCCAAAGUUUGGAGGAUCUUGUGAAGCUUCUCUUGCAACAGAGUUCUCUUGGCACAAAUAUUGAUGAAGCACUAUCUUUAUUACGAGCCAAGGAAUCAACACAUGAUAUAAAUAGUAAGCAAUGUUCGAAUGGCAACGAUCGUCCUUCCUCAUCAACUCGUGAUCCAAAGUGAUGACCAGCGUUGUGCUACUGUGAGGAAGAAAAUUUUUUCCUCAUUGCUGAAAUAAUGUGGCUAUGUUGGGGAGUGAUGCGUGUUGUCACUGCAACAGACUCUAGUAACUGCUGUUUCAUUCGCAGGAAUGACAGAAAUUGUCAAGGGAGUUGUUUCAUAUCUUUAUCUUUUCAUUUUUUUCCCUUCAAAUUUAUGUUUCAGUCAUUUAUUUCUCUGUUGCUUUCUCUCAAACAUAAAUUAAUUAAUUUUAUACGAUAGUGAUAAUAAAAGAAUAAUCAUUAAAAAAUAAAAGAGAAAAAUCUAAUAUAGCAGUAACGUUAUUUCCUUCCACACCAAACAGUUAUGUGAGUGAAGUCUCUUCCUGUGAACUUGUUCCUUCUGAUUCUAUGAUUCUAAAUAAGAACUACUAAGCUAAUACCUUUUUGGAGCAAUCAUCGUUAUCUGAAUUGCAUUUCUCUUUCUCAGUUUACUCAGGUACUUCAUCAAACACAUACCAUGCAUCAUUUUCCGUUAUUGCACCUUUUAUGUUUCAAUUUCUUUUUUAAAUGCAACUUUAACUAAACCCCAAUUCAUUUAAAUGCAGCAGUUAUUGGACUCAGUGGAGGCAAGAGGAUUUUGAGUUCAUCAUACCAUUACUCUGAUGUUACCGAAAAGCUUUCAUUUGGCACUGAUUUUGGAUCCACACACUAUCAGAUUGU